UCUUGCACAAAGAUGUUCGGAGAAUGACUGCCCGUUAUCAACCUCCAACUGCUCAGCUGCUGCUUCCAGAUAGAGAUCCUUUCAUCCAUUGUUUAGUCUCAGAUGACUGGUUGAUCCCUGUCUUGCAUCUGUCACCUUUACAUCCCUCACCUGUUGUUCCCUCAUCCCCGAUUCGGCAUGGGCACAGGCGUCAGCUUUUAUUUUCUGAUGUUGUGGAUGACUUUACACAGUUGUCUAAACAGUACAUUCGGAAUAAUAUGGCAACAUCCAGUGAUUUGUGCCAUACAUUUGACGAGGUUCUUCCUGCAGUGCCGAUACAGAAAGCGAAAGAACUGUUGGAGUUGCCUGGAAGAACAGCAAUCUUCGUCCAAUGAAAACUUUCGUCUAAGCUCUCCAAGGCUUCAGUUUUACAAGGGAAUAAAAGUGUGGUGGAGCAUGUUUAUAACGGUGAAGGGCCUGGUUGCCAAUAAUGGCCUGAGCCACAGGCAAGGGCCAUUUUAUUUCAAAAUCUCACAAGAGAUUCCGUGAGAUUCCAGUUGCGCAUGCGAGGGCAUAUCAUUGUGCACAGGAAGAGCAGUAACUGUUCAUCAUUUUUGCAUCGAUAAAUUUACACCAGAAUUGGCCUCUUUUCGAAGUAAAUUAGUACACAAUGUCCGCGACACGGCCUCUCUGCCACACGCCGAAGUUUCACCCACGCAGAUCGAUGUUUCAUGGCCAAAGAAUGACAAAUCUUCAUCAAUUGAGGUUCGCACUUUGGCGGCAAAGCCCGCUGAUGGCGCUGUGUGGGAAGUUCAUGUCCGGCAACCGGGCACAUCCAAGUCGCAGGCGGCAAUCACAAAAUCAUCUAGCCAGGCAAAACUCCCACAGGAUCACUGAAAUCCAAGACUCCAUCAUAGCUAAGUGAAACUGCUAGUGAUGUUAGUCACUGCAUUGCUCGACUGGAAGAGAUUGUCAAGCAGCAGGCGGCUGACAAUGACAGCUUCUGACAAACCAUCGUAGCGGCUGUAACAGGUCAACUGGCACUUAUUGAUGAUAAUGACAAUGAUGCCAGCACCAGUUUUCCAGAUCGUGAUUCCACUAAUGUAGAUUUUGCAAACACCGACUCGCCAGUAUUGGCUUCUAUCGAAAAUGACCAAGGUCCUUUGUUGGAAUACCCUUCUGACAUGUCUGAGGAUAGGCCUACUACUGCCACCUGCACUGCCACUACCAGUGACCAUGACUCAAGACAGUCAAUUGUCCCCAAAAUUGCAAGGUGCUUGUUGUGCCCGAAGUCACUCCCCAAAUUUGGGAAAAUACCAAUGCGAACUCAAGGUCUCGUGACCUUAAGCUUCAAAGAGUGCAAAGCUGCUGAUCAAAGGCAUCACUACUCUGGCACAAGCUUGCAAUGGGCCAUGCACUCUUGAACAGGAACAUGGGUGCUUACUUUAUAGCCACAGCCAAUUUUGAACUGAACUGUCUGCAGUAGGAACUGAUCAAGCCCAACUUCAAUCUAAGAUAUGCACAUUUGUGCAAGCCAUCCAAUAAAGUUAUGUCCCAACUAUUUGGCAAGGAUCUUGGCAAGCAGAUCAAGGAAAUGCAAAAGGCACAAAAGGCCACAUUUGGGGUGCUGAAAUAUGCCAAGCCGGGACAAGGUCGCAGCAGGUAUCUACCAUAUCCUAAGACUACAAACAGCAGACUCCAACUCCAAGCAGCCUUGGUGGGUUAGAAAAGCAGCUCAAACCCUUUCUUAGGGGGCAGUCAGAACUUCUCAAGAUACAACAGGGGAAAGCCAAAUCCCCCUCAGUUCCAAGGUCAGAGAUGCAAAUCGUCCAGCCUACAACUACGGCAGAAAUUCACCGAAACUUCCUCAGUUCCAACUAAGAAGUAGACGAAAAAAAAGCCAAGUACAGCAGAACAGGUGGGUAAGUUUCAUCCACAAUUUAGGCUGUUGGGGUCAUAUGUCAAUGAAUGGGAAACCUAACUUCUG